UUUUGUUAAGGCGCUCAAUGGCUGGAUCUAGUGGCAAUGCAAUUCAAAUUGGGAAAAAGCCUCUUAAAGACUUGAUCAGUGGUACAAGACGACAACAAUCAUCUUUUGGAAGAGUAUCACUACCUAUUCCCCCAGAGCGCCUUCAGGCUGAAGAUACUGUGAAAGAAAUGUCACUUGAUAUGUACAUUCAAGCUACACGAAAUGCAUUUGAUAUUGAUGGAAGAUACCAUGGUAUUUUGAUGAAUCACUUGACAUCCCACCUUCCUUUCAUUGGAAGAAAUGGUUCUAUUCCAGGAAAUUGGCUGGACCAUUUGGUUAGGUUCACUUUGGAAGUGUUUCCAUCUGAGGCACAAAUAUCUGGUGUGCCAGUAGAUGAAUAUUUGAAUCCUCAUCAAUGGCAGAAAACGACUCAAAAUUUCCUAUCAAUGAUUCUGAAUAAUUAACCACAAAUAGUGGUUAUUAAAAUUGUGUGGCUUUUUAAGGAGUGGAAAUUAAAACAAUCUUUGAAAAUGUCAUAUAUUCAGGCCCAGGAAACCUUGAGAGCAAUCAAAGUGUUUAAAAUUGCUUCAAGAA